AUGAAGACCCUCUACGAGAAGGAAAUCCUCCCCAGGAAGGGCGAGAAGAACAUCCUCAUCACCUCCGCUCUCCCCUACGUCAACAACGUUCCUCACCUCGGAAACAUCGUCGGCUCAGUCCUCUCUGCCGAUGUCUUUGCCCGCUACAACAAAGCCCGUAACUUCAACACCCUCUUUAUCUGCGGUACCGAUGAGUACGGAACUGCAACUGAGACGAAAGCGUUGGAAGAUGGUGUUACCCCCAAGGAGUUGUGCGAUAAAUACCACGCUAUCCACGCUGAUGUCUAUAGGUGGUUCGAGAUUGGGUUCGAUCAUUUCGGACGUACGACUACGCCCAAACAGACCGAAAUCGCCCAGGACAUUUUCAUGAGAUUGUACGAGAAGGGAUACCUCCAAGAAGACACCAUGACCCAACUCUGGUGCGAGAAACACCAGGGAUUCUUGGCUGACAGAUACGUCGAGGGAACAUGCCCUAAAUGUCUCUACGAAGACGCGAGAGGAGAUCAAUGCGACAAAUGUGGACAACUUCUCAACGCAUCCGAACUCAUCGAACCUAGAUGUAAGUUGGACGGUAACAAGCCCGUGUUGAGGGAUUCCAAACACAUCUUCCUUGCCCUUGACAAACUCCAAGAGAAGGUCGAGGCAUGGUCCAAGGAAUCCGCCGAGAAGGGGAAGUGGUCAGCCAAUGGCCGUGCGAUCACUGAGUCUUGGUUGAAGGAGGGUCUCAACCCCCGCUGUAUCACCCGUGAUUUGAAGUGGGGAACGCCAGUCCCGCUCGAGGGUUUCACCGAUAAGGUGCUUUACGUCUGGUUCGAUGCGACGAUUGGGUAUGUCUCCAUCACGGCGAAUUACACGGACAAGUGGCAGGAGUGGUGGCAGAAUCCGGAAGAUGUGAAGUUGUAUCAGUUUAUGGGCAAAGACAACGUUCCGUUCCAUACUGUUGUCUUUCCCGCCACCCUUCUUGGUACGGGACAGAAUUGGACGAUGUUGCAUCACAUCAACACGACUGACUACCUCAACUACGAGGGUGGUAAGUUCUCCAAGUCUCGUAACGUCGGUGUUUUUGGAAACAAUGCCCAACAAACUGGGUUGUCGCCGAGUGUGUGGAGGUACUAUUUGAUUAUGGCACGUCCGGAGACGAGUGAUACGCAGUUUACGUGGAAGGAGUUCGUGUCGAGGAAUAACACCGAGCUCUUGGCGAACUUGGGUAACUUCGUGAACCGAGUGAUCAAGUUCGUCAACGCCAAGUACGGUGGUGUCAUCGCCGAGUACUCCUCCGAUCUUGCCGAGGACGAUGAGUCCAAGAUCGCGCAGUUGAAAGAGAACGUCAACGAGCUCCUCGCGCAAUACAACAAGGAUCUCGAAGCAUCCCGACUCCGUGCCGGUUUGCAGACCGUCAUGGCCAUCUCCGCCCGCGGAAACGUCUUCUUGCAAGAUAACAAACUCGACAACACCCUCUUCGCCGAACACCCCGCCCGCUGUGCAAACGUCCUCGCAGCGGCCCUGAACCUAAUCUACCUCAUCUCCGCUCUCGCAUACCCAUACAUGCCCUCCACCUCUUCCUCGAUCGCUGAACAGCUCAAUGCGCCGCUCCGUGCGAUUCCGGAUGUGUGGAGUAAUGAUGAUUUGCAGACUGGUCACAAGUUGGGGAAGGCGAAGUAUCUGUUUGGCAGGGUGGAUGAAAAGAUGGAGGAGGAGUGGAGGGCGAAGUUUGGUGGGGGAUCUGGGACGCCGGUGGUGGAUGAGAAGAAGGAGGCGAAGAAAGCCCAGAAGGAGGCGAAGAAAGCGAAGAAGGCUGCGGAGAAGGCCGCUUCUGCCGAAGGAGAGAAGAAGGAGGAGGAGGUUAAAGCGUAA